AUGGAUGAACAUAAACCUAAACCUGUUUUUCGCUGUGUUGACGAUUGUGAAACUCAAGAAUGGAAUCAUCCAAAGCGUGGUUAUGUGAAGUGGUGGGAACUAAUCAAUGGUGACAUAACAUCAACAACAGGGCUCACUAUGGGUAUUGCAGAAGUUCCAGUGGGAGCUCCUCCUACGAAACGUGGUCAUACACACGAUGCAGAGGAAGUGUACGUUGUUUAUUCAGUAUCAUUUUAA